AUGGAUACACAUGUCGAACUCACUGAUCCUCCGCAAAAACUGCAGUCAAAAAGGAAUAAAAAGGCUAUGUCUGGUACACCAACUGGCCCUCAGAAUGAAGGGAUUGGGAUUCCUUCCCAGAGUAAGGCUUUUGCAACUAGCACUCCUGCACCAGUACUGACAGAGAUUCUUCCUAACCAGUCACAGUCCAAACCUGAUGUGUCCCAGCUCUUCCAGAAACUUGGGGACAAGUUAGGAUGGUUUCAGUACAACAACAUUGAUACUGCUAUAGAAACGUUGUCAAAAAGUGCAAAAAAGAAAUCUACAAGAUCACGGAGAGAUAAAGCGAGCGGUAAGUUAUCAGAUGACAUAUCAACAUUGAAAGAACCUCAAUCUAACCCCAGGAGGAAACAUAAAGAAAAGAUUCAUCAGAAACAUAAGCAUGAAUAUUCAGAGGAAUGCAAAGAAAACAAGAGACCAACAGAAAGACAUCUGAAAGUCCGAUCACACUCGCCUCAUGGAUCUGAUAGUGUUUGCCUGGAUGAUGGUGUGCAGGGUGUAUCUGUGAGAAAGAGUGCUGCAUGUACAGAUCUGACCAGGUCUUGGACAAACCAGGGUGAAAAAAAGAAUCACAGGAAAAAGAUAAAAAAUACUGUCAGUGUUUUAGAGUCACCUAAUUCACCAGAAAUACUGACGAAAGGACGUCACACUCGUCUGCCUGGUGCUCGAUCAUCUUCAGAAAGCCCAGAAUAUCUUGGAGAUUAUGUAACAGAAUCUACACGAAUACACAGUGAUGCAAGCCUUGAAUGUGUUUUGGACUCUGUUGAUGUUUCAGCCAUUUCAUUCCAUCGAAAUGGGAGCUUAUCUGGUAGUACAUGUAUGGAUAGUUUUCAAUAUAACUCAAAUGAAGACUCGUACAAACAGUUGAAUAUAAAAAAUGAUAGACCAAAAACAAAUGUUGCCAAUUCCAAGACUUUACAAACAUCACCUACCAGCAGCAAUGUGUGUUUGAAAUUACAGGCUUUGAGUUUAGAAAAUUCAAAACAUUGUACCUCUAAGGGAAAUAACUCCUCAAGAGCUGUGAACAACUCUGACCUCUACACAACUGCCUAUGAUCCACAUGUUAUAGAAGAUAGCGUAGAAGUGAUAAAAUCUUCAUAUACAUCUGAGAAAGAUGAAAGAGAAACCUCCUCAGGUUCCAGUUAUGAAGUAGAAGAUGUGGCAGUACAGGUACACUCAAUAUCAGAUGUGAAUCAGAAAAUAGGCAAGUGUGCAUCAAGUGAAGAAUCAGCAAAUUUUGAUCACAAAGUUUCUGACACAAGUUCAGGAAGUGGAUCCUCUUACGAGGUGGAAGACGUGUCUGUACAAGCAGAAUUGAUCAGUGAACAGUCUUGCAUUAUUGAAAGCACACCUCCAAAGGCUCUGAAAAGUGAACAUAAACAUUUCAAAUCAGCUUCUGAUGAUGAAAGAAAUGAAGAUGAUUCUUUUGUAGAAGUGGAAGAUGUAUCCAUGCAGACUAGCUUUCAAGUCCUGCCUGACCAUCAACCAACAGGCAACAUCAAUGGCUUGUGUUAUGAUUCAGGUUCCAAUUCUUCUUGUGAUGUAAUUAAAGAAAAUGCUGCACUGAAUUCCAACCAAAUGGACAACGAAAAGGAAGAAAUUCUCGAGGAUCUGCACAAUAUCAGUCUCCCAGGCCUUGACAUGCAACCUAAUCCUGCUUUCACAAAAAGGGAGCCUAGUAUUUAUUUUGAUGCCAAAGAUUUGCCCCAACAAUCAAUUAAAUUCAACAGAAGAGACCCAAGUAUUUAUUUUGAUGCCAAGCAAUCACUUUUGAGUAGUUCACAUUCAUCAAACUCCAGUUAUGAGCCAACUAAAAGCUUGCAAGACUCCACCAACCACAGAAAGAAGGGAAAUAACUUCAAAGCUGAUGAUAUUGUUUCUGUAAGUGACACUGAUUCUGACGAUUGUCAAAUAGUCAACACAUCAAAAAUUGCCAGCAAGAAAGAACAGCAGACAAAAAAUUUCUCGUCCAAUUCUGAGGAUGAGAUAGUGUCACAUUAUUUUCCUAAAGACAAAACAAGUGUAAAAUCCCAAAGGAAGUACUCCUUAUCCACUGACUCCUCAGACGACUCUGAUGUUAAAUCACUUUCAAUUAAAACUAGAGACCAGAAGUGCAUAAAAGUUCCAAGAUCUACAAGUACCAUCAAGGGCAAGCGUACUGAAAGACAAAAUGCCUACAACUCACUUUCCGAUUCGGAGAGUGACCAAAAAAUGGCAGAGCAGUUAUCAAACAAACACUGGAGAACUAAACAGAAUAUUGAAUCCUCCAGUGAUGAAGAUGAUGCUUUAGAAACCUUUUUACAGAAAAUGAGGGGGUCCAAGAAAAAGCUGAGCAGUGAAGAUGAAGAGAGAGCUGAAACAAUGAGCAUGAAAGAGUUUAUAGUGGAAGACUGGGAAGUUAGCGAUGACGAUGAUGAUGAAGAUGAUGUGUUUCAUAUCAGCACCGCCUACAGGUCAACACUCCACAGCACAGAUGACCAAAAGAAAGUCGUACCUGUAGUUUUCAAUAACAGCAGUUCAGAAGAUGAAGAUUUCAAAACUCCCAAAGUUACUACAAAAAGCAGUGCAGAUCAGGGCUUUAAAACUCCUCUAAGCACAAAGAAGAAACCAAGGAAGCUACAAACACCAAUGACAGAUAACUGGGGUUUGAAGGAAGACCAUUGUUUGUACCCUUCAAAUACUAAGUACAGCUUCCUUAAGUCCCUCACAGAGAAUCUACCUGUUACCAAAUGUGACCCAGAAGCUGUCAGAUUUAUCAGGACAUUUAAGAAAUCCAAGCAAGAACUGACCCAACGUCUUUUUAAAAUAUACAAUGAAACAGUAUUUGAUAAUAAGUUACCCCAAGACGUAGAAGUGAUCUGGAACUGUCGCCUGUUGAGGACAGCAGGGUAUUGUGUGUACAAGAAGGUGUCCACAUCUGGGGGAGCUCGCAGUGUACGCAUUGAGCUUUCGACCAAAGUCUGUGACUCUGCAGAACGUGUACGAGACACACUGAUUCAUGAAAUGUGUCAUGCUGCAGUAUGGUUAGUGAAUGGAAUGACUGAUGGACAUGGGCCAUACUGGAGAUAUUGGGCCAAAAAAUCGAACCAGACCCAUCCGGAAAUCCCUGUGAUUGGUCGUUGUCAUAGUUACAGCAUUAACACUAAGUUUACAUACCAGUGCAGUCAGUGUGGAUACAGGAUUGAUCGCCAUUCCAAGUCAUUGAAUAUGGACACUAAAGUUUGUGGAUACUGUCACGGCCGCUUCACGCUGCUAAGUAACUCAGGAAAGAAUGGUUCCACACCAGUGAGUGGUGCAUCAACACCCCGAACUCCAAACAAGUUUGCUUUGUUUGUCAAGGAUAACUAUGGAGACAUCAAGAAACGAGAGCAAAGUCUAAAACAUAAAGACAUAAUGAAGAUCCUCAGUCAGGAAUUUGCGAAAAAUAAAAUCUCAGCAUGA